CUCCUCUCCUUUUCAUUGAUGACACCACUACUAACUCCAUCUACCAAAAUCUUCUUUCCAUUUUGCUGAAAACUAUAUAAGCAAUAUACGUCACCGUUACCCCCACACACUUCGCUCAUGCGUGCUUACCACGCCCCCUUUUAGCAUUCACAAUGAUGAUGGGACCCACUGCUCAUGCACGACACGUAUCCAUCCGCGCGUGGAGAAUCCCUUGUUGGAUGCGCUUUGCCCUAGUCGUCUGCGAACACAUCCUUCUCUCUCUAUAUCCACCAUGAACCACCACCGUACUCCGAUCACCUUCUUCGAUCUUCUUUCAAAUUCUUCAAGUCGGCCGAUUUGCUGCUCCUCUUGCCGAUCUACUAGUUUCGCAACUUUUCUUUCUGAGGAUUAAAAUGGAACCAAUGGAUAUCGUUGGUAAGACGAAGGAGGAUGCUUCGCUUCCCAAAGCAACUAUGACAAAGAUUAUUAAAGAAAUGUUGCCCCCUGAUGUUCGUGUUGCCCGAGAUACGCAGGAUCUUUUGAUUGAAUGUUGUGUAGAGUUCAUCAAUCUUAUCUCAUCAGAAUCAAAUGAAGUUUGUAAUAGAGAAGAUAAACGAACAAUUGCACCAGAACAUGUACUCAAGGCCUUAGAGGUUCUUGGCUUUGGGGAAUAUACUGAAGAAGUUUAUGCUGCAUAUGAACAACACAAGUUGGAGACUGUGGACACUGUGAGAGCUGGGAAGUGGAGCAAUAAUGUAGCUGAAAUGACUGAAGAAGAAGCAUUAGCUGCACAACAAAGGAUGUUUGCUGAAGCACGUGCGAGGAUGAAUGGAGUUGUUACAGUUCCCCCCAAACAGCAAGACCCGGAAACAGAGCAAAAAUUGGACUGCUAACUUAGGGCGUAGUUUUUUCCUGUAGGCAAGCACCUCUUUAGUUUUUACAGGUGGUUUCUCUUUUAUUAUGUACAAAAAGCUCCCCUGGCUCUUUUGCCUGCUUGUGAACUUGAUUUCAAUUUGUACUCUUUUAAUUAUGUCUAUAUUUUCUGUAAUUAGUGAAUUUUCUUCAGAAUAGUCUCUACGGCGUACAAGUGCUUUCAGUAUAUUUUUUAUUUGUCA